UCGUGUCCACGCUCGGUGGGGGUGACGUCAGAGCAGGAGCGAACGCGAGAGGAUGCAGGAGGCCGCGGAGCAGCAGCGGAGCUCGAGUGAUGGCGCGUCCGCCAGAGGAGCGGGAGUCCCGGGCAGCGGAGGCGGAGCGGGGCCCGGAGGGGGUGCUGAGGGCGAGCGGGACAGAGAUCGGGCCACUUUCGAGUGUAAUAUCUGCCUGGACACCGCCCGAGACGCGGUCAUCAGCCUGUGUGGACACCUCUUCUGUUGGCCAUGUCUUCAUCAGUGGUUGGAGACGCGGCCCAGCAGACAGCAGUGUCCCGUGUGUAAAGCAGGAAUCAGCAGAGAUAAAGUCAUUCCACUGUACGGCCGCGGAAGCACCAGCCAAGAGGAUCCCAGAUUGAAAACACCACCACGACCUCAGGGUCAACGGACAGAGCCGGAGAGCAGAGGGGUGUUUCAGGGUUUUGGUGACACAGGGUUUCACAUGUCGUUUGGAAUCGGUGCUUUUCCGUUUGGCUUUUUCACCACUGUCUUUAAUACCAACGACCCGUUUCACAGAGCAGAUCCCCAUUAUGUGGCAGAUCACCAAGGCAACGGAAACGCAAACAAUGCAAACAACUGGCAGGACUCGCUCUUCCUCUUCCUCGCCAUCUUCUUCUUUUUCUGGAUGUUGAGUGUGUGAGAUGAUGGACACACACACACACACACACACACACACACAAGUGGACCCUUGUUUGAUUGAAGCAGAAGUCAAAUGUGCUUUCAGUGUAAGAUAUAUUCACUCAGCAUCUUUAUCUGUCUGUCUGCACAUGUACACACGCACACACACACACACACACGGGCUGAACUGAUGCUGGUAUCAGUGUUGCAGAUUAGAGAGAGACAGUAUUAAUGACUGCUGUCAAUAAAUGAAACACUACAUGAGGACACAUAUGAGGUCUGUCAUUAUUUACUCAUCAUGCUUUACUUCUAUUGGUCAGCCGUCAUGACAUGAAGGUGAGUAAAUAAAACAAAUCUUCUUAAACAUUCUCUGCUCUCUCUUUAGCGAACUGUUUUCAUGCCAAAGACAGAAUGUGAUUCAUGAGGUCUUACUGAAACGUGUUCGGGCCAUUGCACUGUGCUUUCCUCAAUGGGACUAGUGUUCGAUAACGGUUAUUUACUCACGCUCUGAGGGACUUUGCUCUUAUUAUUCAUUAUUAUAAUUGUUAUAUGUCGUUAACUCUUUUAGUGUCGUAUUCACAAACAUCAAGAUAAAACAAGAAAGUGCUUUGGAGAGUUUUGCGUCAUAUUAAUGGGAAUACAAAAUGUUUUUAACUUUUUUUCUUGAGCUAGAAAAUAUAUAAAAUAACUCUAGAACAUUCUUAAAACAAGAGACAUUUACUUUAGAUGCAAAAUGACAAAAGUUUGUCUUUUUAUCAGAGAAAUAUUACCACAUUUAGUCUUCAAAGGGAAAACAGGUUUAUUUUUCAUGUUUUAAGCAUAAACUCCACAAAUAUCUUAAUAUUCUGCUUGUCAAGAAAUUGUUUCUUAAAUAUGUUUAUGUAUUUUUGUUUGGUAAGAAUUGAAGACGUUUAUUCUUAAAGGGGCUGUUCAAUCAAAAAUGUAAAUUCAGUCAUUAUUUACUCAC